AUGACAACAAUCCAUUGGUACAUUUUUCUGCUGUCAAUGUUUCAAUCAACUUUCUGCCAUCUUGGGAGCAUUGGAAGAAAUCCAUUUCUAAAAUCAGACUGGGAGGAUUUCACCAAGAAAAUCAGUCCCCUAAAAAAACUAAAACAAUCACAACAUGACACUAUCAUUGCGUUUUGGAAAAGAAACAUACCCAAGGAUUUGCAUGACCUUCUGGUUUACUACCCAUCCUUGAUAGCAAAGACAAAUGACCUUAUCAUAUCAAAAAAUGAAAGAUGGGCUGGUAAAAUGACCACAAUCCUUCAAGCUGUUAAGCCAAUGUUCCUCAAGUACAACGGUGGACCUUGCAAGGUUAUACAUCAACUUCUUACAUUGGAGAAGAUACCAUUUAAUGUAUUGCAACGAAUUCAUCACUGGUUACUGGAGAUUUAUGUUGAAAUUACUCAUGUUGAUUCACCUCGUGCAGCUCAAUUGAGGGAGAAGAUUGAGGGAUUUAUCAAAAUUUCUCAAGGUAAGUACAUGGAUUACAUAAGCAGCCUUGGUCAUGGAGAAAUACUCAAGGAUUUCCAGAGCACCCAGAAAAGACUGGGAGGUAUAUUUCUGGCUGGUGAUUGGUCUUCAACAAAUCAAAGGGAACUUGCUGAGUUCUGGAUGCCUUGUGAGUCGUACAAUGUUUUUGCUUGUUACACUAUUUUAACUCUUUCAAUGGGAUUCCCCGGGCCCCAUGAAGAUAGAAGGGAACUUUACAACCAGGUGAAACACCAGCCAGAGUUACAACUUGUUUUGGAAACUCAGUAUUUGCAGACAAGGCUUAUUCGGCUGAAGCACAUUGGCAGAUAUGCCCAUGAGGUAGGACGCCAAGUAUUGGCCCAUUCUCGUUCUGAUUUGUUGGAAAAGUCCGAGACUGUUGUCAAUUACAUCAAAUCGCUGAAAUGUGAUGUGAAUAUUGGUCAGUUUAUCAGAACACAAAAUUACAUCUCUCCAUAUGGAUUAGAAAUUGACAACAGAACAGAUGUGGAUCAAAUGAAAGUCAUCCAAUUUUGGGCAACUCAGGAUUUUGUGGUGAAGGACUUUGAUGAGGUUUCACACAAAAUGAGGGAGUUCCUCAAAACAGUUCCUAUUUGUACUGCCAGGAACACUGCCCUAGCCCAAUUUCUCAAGUUUUAUUCAAUCAACACCCAAUCUACAGAGACAAAGGAAGUUGCUGAGAAGGCUUUGGACGAGUUUGUGAAAAAAUCAGUUGCUAAGGAGGCUCAAGAUCAGCCUGUGAAUAAUGAAGUUCUUGAGGAGUUGCCAGAUCAGUCUGUGGAUACCCAUGAAGUUCCUGAGGAGUUGCAAGAUCAUUUUGUCAACAAUGAAAGAGCUGAUGGGGCAAAUGAUCAGUCUGCAAAGAACCAAGUUGCUGAGAAAGCUCUAUCUCACCCCAGGAAACAACUCAAACUGCAUGCAAUCUACAGGUGUUUUGGGGGCAACUGA